GUGUCUGAUCUUUGGAAGCUGGCUGUUAUAAGGAAUAUAAUAGAACAACGUGGAUUGGCUAGAUUCACCCCACUAGCGGGGAUCUCAUUUCCUGUAGACCUCAUCAUUUUGAGGUGAGGCUAAGAUGAGCAUAACCAGUGAUGAAGUGAACUUCUUGGUGUAUCGCUAUCUUCAGGAGUCAGGUUUCUCUCAUUCUGCGUUCACAUUUGGAAUUGAAAGUCACAUCAGCCAGUCUAACAUCAAUGGGACACUAGUGCCACCUGCCGCCCUUAUCUCCAUCCUGCAGAAAGGUUUACAGUAUGUGGAAGCUGAAAUCAGCAUCAAUGAAGAUGGCACAGUGUUUGAUGGUCGGCCUAUAGAAUCAUUAUCUCUAAUUGACGCCGUAAUGCCAGAUGUUGUACAGACUAGACAACAAGCCUUCAGAGAGAAGUUGGCCCAGCAACAAGCUGCUGCAGCAAUAUCUGCACCAAGUGCGGCACCGGUCACCACUGCCCCAGCAGCACCUGUAACCCAGCAGACCACACCAAAGAACGGAGCAGCCACAGUGAACGGCGAAGAGAAUGGGGCACAUGCAAUAAAUAAUCAUGCAGAACCAAUGGAAAUUGAUGGUGAUGUGGAAAUUCCACCUAAUAAAGCAACGGUGCUACGUGGACAUGAAUCCGAAGUGUUCAUUUGUGCCUGGAAUCCAGUUAGUGAUCUCUUAGCAUCUGGGUCAGGAGAUUCAACGGCAAGAAUAUGGAACUUGAAUGAAAAUAGCAGUAGCAAUUCCACUCAGUUAGUUUUAAGACACUGUAUACGAGAAGGUGGGCAAGACGUUCCAAGCAACAAAGAUGUGACCUCAUUGGACUGGAACGCUGACGGCACACUCUUGGCUACAGGGUCAUAUGAUGGCUUUGCAAGAAUUUGGACGCAGGAUGGCAACCUUGCAAGCACAUUAGGUCAGCAUAAAGGUCCGAUUUUUGCACUGAAGUGGAAUAGGAAAGGAAACUAUAUACUGAGUGCGGGAGUUGAUAAGACCACAAUCAUUUGGGAUGCUCAUACAGGAGAAGCAAAACAACAGUUCCCUUUCCACUCAGCUCCAGCCCUAGAUGUGGAUUGGCAGAACAACACCACCUUUGCAUCUUGUAGCACAGACAUGUGUAUUCAUGUUUGCAGACUGGGAUGUGACCGUCCAGUAAAAACCUUUCAAGGACACACGAAUGAAGUAAAUGCAAUUAAAUGGGACCCAUCAGGAAUGCUGCUAGCAUCAUGUUCAGAUGAUAUGACCCUAAAGAUAUGGAGCAUGAAACAAGACAUGUGUGUACAUGACCUGCAGGCCCACAACAAAGAAAUAUACACAAUCAAAUGGAGUCCGACAGGCCCUGGUACCAGCAACCCAAAUGCAAACAUAAUGCUUGCAAGUGCAUCUUUUGAUUCAACAGUCCGGCUUUGGGAUGUUGAGCGUGGUGUAUGUAUCCAUACAUUAACCAAACAUCAAGAACCAGUCUAUAGUGUAGCCUUUAGCCCAGAUGGAAAGUAUCUGGCUAGUGGGUCCUUUGACAAAUGUGUCCAUAUAUGGAACACUCAGAAUGGUUCUCUAGUACACAGCUACAGGGGAACAGGAGGAAUAUUUGAAGUUUGCUGGAACGCCAGAGGUGACAAAGUAGGAGCAAGUGCCUCUGACGGAUCAGUCUGUGUUCUUGAUUUGAGGAAGUGAAGCCAAGUUUCCCGUUUUAUUAUUCAAAUGGACCAGCAGCGAAUGUGCACUGUCUGAAAUGACAGUCCCUGGCAUAUUGUACAAACUUGAGAAAGCCAGGACAUGAAGCAAGACCGAACUGCCCUCAAUACAGAACAUUACAGGAUGUCUACAGAUCUUCACAAACCCAUUUCUCUAGACAUCCUCCCGGAAUCGGUGCCUGUCCAGCUGGUCUUACUGGAUGUUAGACUCCGAAGUAGCAGGCCAAUUUUUUGGAUUC